AUGUCGACCCCGUCAGAUCGCCCCGACACACACGAUGCAAGCCAGGCCUCAACGCAGCAACAUGCUCUCGGAAUCCCACGACCCCCUUCGGUUGGGGGAAUCUCAUCUCGAGUGACGGAUGAGGACGGAGAGCGAACUCCGUCUUAUACGUCACCACCCCCUCAGCCGCAGUCUAGGUCAUCGGUGUCUCGUCGUGGCCCGCCUCCAACCCGGAACUCCAUCACUAGUCAAGGGACUAGCAGACCUGGCAGCUCGGGGAGUAGGCUGAGCAGGUCACACAUACCGUCUCUGACAGCACAAGGAUUCUUUCGUCCCAUGAGUUCGCAACGACUGCAGGCACACCGAGGGACGCGGCCCAUGACGAAGGGGACGGUCUCGUCAUCCGACGAAUGGACCCAACAGGGCGGCCAACACCGAGGAAGCUUGGUCUCCAACAGCACAGUCCCCCAAGGGUCUCUUCCUGAGAUGGAGGUUCCGCCGUCUCGGGGCACGGAGUUCACAGAUCCCAUCAUUCCUGACCGCAAUACCUCGAAUGCUAGCCCCACGAAUAACACGACUAUUCGGAGUCUGGGUGAGAGCGUUCGGCUGCUGCGGGAUCGAGAUCAGAAGAAUAAGCCCCAGCGCCUCAAUUUGGGUGCUAACUACACAGGAAAUGCCGUACAAGAGGCACCACCACCAAAAUCACCUCUUUCGUUCCUCUCGUUGCAAAACAGGGGCGCGGGACACAACAACCACGAUUCGCGUAGCCAUCAAGGGCAUGAGCACCUUUCUUCCGCUGGAUCAUCCCCAGGCCCUCUUGAUGUGAAGAAACCUCAGCUUCCAAGAACGAACCUGGGCAGAAACUAUGAAUAUUUCCUUGGCAACACGCUCUUCUGCGGAAAAGGGCGUUUCCAAAAUUCUCGGGAUAAGCCUGUCAACAUUGCAACAGGCUUAUUGCUGGUUAUUCCCUCAGCGUUGUUUUUUGCGUUCUCGGGCCCUUGGUUGUGGCACAACAUCUCCCCGGCUAUUCCCAUCGUGUAUGCCUACAUAUUCUACGUGUGUUUUUCGUCUUUUGUUCACGCCUCUGUUGUCGAUCCCGGAGUCAUGCCUCGCAAUGUCCACCCCAUGCCUCAUUCCGAAUCUACAGACGAUCCUUUGGUACUUGGCCCACCCACCAAUGACUGGGUGAUGGUCAAGCUUGCCACGUCUGACGUGGCUGCCAUGGAUGUACCUGUGAAGUUCUGUAAGACAUGUAAUAUUUGGCGACCCCCUCGCUGCUACCACUGUCGAGUCUGCAACAAUUGUGUCGAAACCCUUGAUCAUCACUGCGUGUGGCUCAACAAUUGCGUUGGCCGCCGAAACUAUCGCUACUUCUUUACCUUUGUCAGCUUCUGCACAAUCCUCUCUCUUUUCUUGAUCGGUGCCAGUUUGGCACACAUCUUGGUCUACAUGUCUCGAGAGAGCGUGUCUUUUGGAGCUGCGAUCUCCAAGUGGAGAGUGCCAUGGGCCAUGGUGAUCUACGGUGUUGUCGCAGUGCCGUAUCCCACCUCGCUGUGGGCGUACCAUCUCUUCCUCACCGGCCGCGGCGAGACCACCAGAGAAUAUCUCAACUCGCACAAGUUUGCCAAGUCUGACCGACAUCGACCCUUCACACAGGGCAACGUCUUCAAGAACUGGCUUGCCGUUCUUGGACGCCCUCGGCCCCCUACCUACAUGCAGUUCAAGGAGCAGUACCAAGAUGGUGAUCAGCGCCUCGGCACACAGAAGCGCAAGUACCGUGUGCCAGAUGUCGAAUCCCAAGCCAUUGAGAUGCAGCAUGUUGGCCCCCCACCAAGGCUAAGCAAUCACCUCCAACAAACGAAUCAUUUGUUCCUGCCGGCCUACGGACCGCUAUGA